GGAAUAUUGUGUUGGCUAUCUUGUCUGUCAAUUUGACAGUGUCAAAACGCCAUAUUACUUUUUUAUGCCACAAAAAAGGUAAUUGAUUACAUGGAAUGCAGUUCAAACGACUUAAUUAUUUAAAAGGUGGGUUUGCAACAUAUUAAACUAUUAUUUUUUUUUAUAAGAAUGGUGAUUUUGAUAAUUUAAAUGUAUUAAAAUAAUUGCUUAGUCGACAACUUAUUUUAUUAUUUUAUGCUGUUUUUGCAUAAAUACAUAAAUUAAUAAUGUAUUUCGAAAUCAAGCUUGUUUCCUUUAAUAUUUAAUACGUAUUUUUGCUAAUUUAGUUCAUUGAUCUAAGUAUUAGCUAUAAUUAGAUUGACCCUUGCUUUAAUGUAGUGGAACUGUGUUAAAAAAACUGACGUUUUGUUAUAAAUUGUGUUUAUCCGCUUUUCCAGAAUGACAACAAAUCUGAUGGCCAAUGGAAAUAAAGAAAAAUGGGACCCAGCAUUAUCUCGUCUACUGUCAAAUCUACAGCAAUCUAGCAGCGAACUGCCAUCGACUGAUGAAGAGCUGGGGUUUCUUAGUGACCUCCUGCAGUCCAAGGAACUGCAUGCUCUCGUAAACGUCCACAAUAAAAUCCUAAAUAAUGGAGCUAGCGAAAAGUUCUUUCCGAUACUCUCAUGCUCACUGCUCGUUAACCACGACGUUUUGGAAGUACUGGCCAAUCGACCUGUCAUCACAGAUGAGAUAAAGGAACUUUUUUAUUUGCUGCAAAAACCACAUGUCCUGGCCUUAUUAGAAGCUCACGAUACUGUGGCACAAAAAGACUAUUACCCACAUCUUCCCGAAAUUCCUCAAGAGGGCGACGAAGAAGAAGAAGAAACAAUUAAGAUUGUUCAAUUAGUCAAAAGUAACGAACCAUUGACUGGGGCACAAAGUGCUGAACCAAUCGUUGGUGCCACAAUAAAAACAGACGAAAGCAGUGGCAAAAUAGUUAUAGCCAGGGUGAUGCACGGUGGGGCAGCCGAUAGAUCAGGAUUAAUACACGUUGGAGAUGAAGUUGUGGAAGUUAAUGGAAUAAAUGUCGAAGGAAAGACACCAAAUGAUGUUCUAGCAAUUUUGCAAAGCUCAGAGGGUACAAUAACGUUCAAACUUGUCCCCGCAGAUAGCAAAUGUAGUAUACGAGAAAGUAAAGUUAGGGUAAGAGCUCAUUUUGACUACGAUUCUUCAACGGACCCCUAUAUUCCUUGCAAGGAGGCUGGAUUGGAUUUUAAGAAGGGAGAUGUUUUGCAUAUUGUCUCACAGGAUGAUGCUUAUUGGUGGCAAGCUAGGAAAGAAGGCGACAGAAAUAUGAGAGCAGGCUUAAUUCCGAGCAGAGCUUUACAAGAACGAAGAAUAAUACAUGAUAGAACGCAAGUUGAUAACGAGAAUGGGCUUUGCUCUGUUUCAGCCUUGCCUGUGCUUACAUGCAGUAAGUCCCCGAAAUCCCCUCGUUGCGCGUCCAAACCAAAAAUUAAAAAAAUCAUGUAUGACACAGCUGAAAACGACGAUUUUGAUCGCGAAGAGAUCGCCACCUACGAAGAGGUCGCCAAAUUGUACCCGAGACCGGGAAUCUACCGCCCGAUCGUGCUGAUUGGUGCGCCGGGCGUCGGUCGCAACGAGCUCAAACGAAGGCUGAUCGACACUGAUCCCGACAAGUACCGAACACCCACUCCAUACACAAGUAGACCGAUUAAACCAGGAGAAAUUAACGGUAAAGAAUACUUUUUCGUGACCCGCGAAAAAAUGGAAGAAGACAUUGAAGCGAGCAAGUUCAUUGAGUUCGGAGAGUACAAAGGUAACUUGUAUGGAACUUCUUCGGAAAGUGUCAAGGCAAUCGUAAGCGAGGGUCACGUUUGCAUUCUAAAUCCGCACUACCAAGCCUUAAAAAUGCUGAGGACGCCUCAAUUGAAACCGUACGUGAUUUAUAUUAGACCGCCCGAUUUGGAGACUUUGAAGGAUUCGAGAAACGCAGUUCAUGCUAGAUCUACGUUCGAUGUUAAUAACUCUAGAGGAUUUACGGUAAGAAAAACAAUAUUAAAUAUAAACUACUUGCACAUAACCUCCUUAAUUUAAUAUAAAAUCUUAUUGGAGCAAAGCUUAGACAAAAAAGAGAGUGGACGCGUAAUCAGAACUUGAUAAGUUGAAAAACUGAGCGGAACUGUCAACAGUUUUAUGCAUAAUUUAAUGAUAAAUAAGAUAAUUCUGAAUGAUAGAUCACUUAUUUGUUUAUUUAGGAACUGGUAUAACAUAUACUCAAUAAAACAAAUACAUUUAUUACCUAAAAUCAAUAGCUGGCCAUACACAGACGUUAUUUCGCGCGGUUUAUCGUGGCGUGUUGGCAUGUAGCGGUUUGCAUGCACGAAAGAACGGCGUGGCAAAAAAAGCGUCAUGUUCCAUACACUUGAUAAAGUAUUCAAAUGAUUUAGCAAGUGAUUGCGC